AAGCGAAUUCGCAGUUGUGGUUUGUUUUGGCUCAUCUCUAUAUUGCGAAAUUUCACGACUUUGCAAUAAAUAAAUAAUUAUUAUUCCGGGAUUUAUUUGUAUUUUACAUUAAGUAUAGCAAUAUCCACCACUGCAUAACCUGUUACACUCAUCCAACAGCAUGGACGAUCAAGCGUGCCCGCGAUGUAAGACCACCAAAUACCGCAAUCCAUCUCUCAAGUUGAUGGUCAAUGUUUGCGGGCACACGCUCUGUGAAUCCUGUGUGGACUUGCUCUUUCUGAAGGGAUCUGGAGCUUGCCCGGAAUGUAUGGUGCCAUUACGGCGCAACAAUUUCCGAGUUCAACUUUUUGAAGAUCCCAUGGUAGAGAAGGAGGUGGACAUACGGCGUCGCAUUCUUAGGGACUACAACAAGCGGGAAGAGGAUUUUGCCUCUCUCGAUGAGUACAAUGAUUACCUAGAGGAGAUUGAGAACAUCGUGUAUAAUCUGUGCAACAAUAUUGAGAUUAUAGAAACCAAUAAGCGCAUCGAGGCGUACAAGAGGGACAACCGUGAAGUAAUUCAACGGAACAAAACUCGCGUCGGACGUGAAGAGUAUGCGUUGGAAGAGAUGCUUGAACUCGAGCGUAUUCAAGAGGAGGCCAGGAAAAAGGAACUGGAGGACCUCGACCUUGUGCACAAAAAGAAAAAGGCUCACGACAAACAAGCGCUUAUUGAGGAGCUAAUGUACAGCGGAAAGGAUGCAGCUCAAAUAGUCACAGAGUUCGCUGAGAAGGCGGAAAAGCAGCGUUUGGAAGAAAAAAAUUUGCCACCACCAAAGCCAGCAAAUGAAUUUUCUACAGGGAUUAAAUUUGGCCAGACAGCUGACCACACUUUGCUAUCUGUUCCCAAAUCGGAAGAGGGACCACUAUUUGUCUACGAACCGCUGCUAGCUUUCUCUGAAGGUCCCGGUGUACCGCCCAUCAGUGAUAUUGAAUCCAAGGGAUAUAUAUCCCAUAUACGUCCCGAAACUUUGCAAGAGAAUGCCGGUGGUUUUACCUCUUCUCUGGCCUGCCAGCGUGCUUUGCAGGAGGCUUUUCAAUGUUUAUUUUACACAGCGCCCAGUGUUGGCACGUCUACGGUCAUAUAAAGGGAAAGCACAGCUUGAUUUGUUGAACUCAAGUGGUCCAAUUUGAGAACUUCAAACUUUUGAAUAGAAAUGUCCUGUCAUUUUGCUAGUUUUUUAAGUAAAUAAAUAAUUUAUUAUGCAUUUAUAUAAA